AUGACUCGCUUACCGUCGAUAAUCGCCGCGGCGCUCUGCGCCCUACCCCUCACCCACGCCUGGACCCUCAAAUGGGAGAACCACACCAACGGCGGCAUGCUGAACCUGGGCGAAAAGCCCAAAGGCUGCACAGUAAUCUAUCACGAAAAAGGGGAGCAAUUCUCCUGGGACCCGGAGGGUCUCUUCUGUCUGCGAUUAUUCAUCGACACCGAAUGCGAGAACCCCGGUGGCGAGACCUGCAACGGCAAGCCCUGGAAAAAGGACGCCAGCAAGGACCUAGCGGCCUUCAGCGUGCGGGAUAUGCCGGAGUCGUCCAUGAGCUACUACGGCCUCUCAUCUGCCACGCCUUUUCCGACGACCCAAAGCAAGCCAGAUGCGACGCCGACCGCGGACGAUCACAAGAAAGACGACUCGAAAAACGACACUAAAGACGACACGAAAGACAACAACACCGACAACUCGAGCACGGGGUUAUCGAGCGGGGGCAUCGCUGGCAUCGUGGUCGGCAUCGUCGCCGGAGUGGGCAUCCUCGCCGGCCUCAUCUUCUUCCUCUGGCGACGCGGACGCGGCGCCAAGGCUAUUCCCAUUCCGGAGACGCCCGCCGGUCCACCCCCCAGCUCGCCCGGCGGUGCGUCCACAAACCCCGACCAGAGUACCUUUGCUGCGUCGGCGGCGGGUGCGUACGGAUCGUCCGAGAAGGGAGACGUACCGGAGUUGCAUUCUCCCAAUGAGCAUCCGCAAGGGCCGGCGCCCCCAAGCUAUCAGCCUGUCGUGAUGGCGGAGCUGGCGGCCGGGGAUGUGCAGUCGGAGUUGAGCAAUACGAACCAGGUGGUGGAGAUGGAUGCACAAGAAAUUGCGAAGCGGCCAGUGUAUCGGGAUACGUGACAAAGAAAACAAAAACAAUAAGGUGAAGGCGUUGGAUUGCUGGCGAGUACAUAAUAUU